AUGAUGAAGAGACAGCUGCACCGCAUGCGGCAGCUGGCCCAGACGGGCAGCUUGGGACGCAACCCGGAGAUGGCCGAGUUCCUGGGUGAGGAGCUGCUGCAGGUGGAGCAGCGGCUGGAGCCGGCCAAACGGGCAGCCCAUAAUGUCCACAAGCGGCUGCAGGCCUGUCUGCAGGGCCAGAGUGGCGCUGACAUGGACAAGCGGGUGAAAAAGCUUCCCCUCAUGGCUCUGUCUGCCACGAUGGCCGAGAGCUUCAAGGAGCUGGACCCUGACUCCAGCAUAGGGAAGGCCUUGGAGAUGAGCUGCGCCAUCCAGAACCAGCUGGCCCGAAUCCUGGCUGAGUUCGAGAUGGCCCUGGAGCGGGACGUCCUGCAGCCGCUCAGCAGGCUGAGUGAGGAGGAGCUGCCCGCCAUUCUCAAGCACAAGAAGAGCCUGCAGAAGCUGGUGUCUGACUGGAACACCCUCAAGAGCAGGCUCAGCCAGGCCGCCAAGAACUCCGGCAGCGGUCAAGGCCUGGGCAGCGGUCCAGGCAGCUACAGCCACACCACAGCAGCUGCCAACAAGGUGGAGACGCUGAGGGAGGAGGAGGAGGAGCUGAAGAGGAGGGUGGAACAGUGCAAGGAUGAGUACUUGGCCGACCUGUAUCACUUUGCCACCAAGGAGGACUCAUAUGCCAACUACUUCAUCCACCUCCUGGAGAUUCAGGCCGAUUACCAUCGCAGGUCACUGAGCUCUCUGGACACAGCCCUGGCUGAGCUGAAGGAGAACCACAGCCAAGCAGACCCUACCCCCUCGAUGACGGCCGCCCCCUCCUCCAGGGUGUAUGGGGUGUCACUGGGGACUCAUCUGCAAGAGCUGGGCCGGGACAUCGCCCUGCCCAUCGAGGCCUGUGUGCUGAUGCUGCUGUCCGAGGGCAUGCGGGAAGAGGGCCUCUUCCGUCUGGCCGCAGGGGCCUCGGUGCUGAAGCGCCUCAAGCAGACAAUGGCCUCGGACCCUGGCGGCCUGGAGGAGUUCUGCUCCGACCCGCACGCCGUGGCAGGUGCCCUCAAAUCCUAUCUCCGGGAGUUACCAGAGCCCCUGAUGACCUUCGACCUCUAUGAUGAUUGGAUGAGAGCAGCCAGCCUGAAGGAGUCCGGGGCCCGGCUGGAGGCCCUCCAAGAGGUGUGCAGCCGCCUGCCCCCCGAGAACCUCAGCAAUCUCAGGUACCUGAUGAAGUUCCUGGCCCAGCUGGCUAAGGAGCAGGAUGUAAACAAGAUGACGCCCAGCAACAUCGCCAUUGUCCUGGGGCCCAACCUGCUGUGGCCACCUGAGAAAGAAGGGGACCAGGCCCAGCUGGGCGCAGCCUCGGUGUCUUCUAUCCAGGUGGUGGGCGUGGUCGAGGCGCUGAUACAGAAUGCGGACACCCUCUUCCCUGGCGACAUCAACUUCAACGUAUCCGGCCUCUUCUCAGCCCUCGCCCCGCAGGACAAGGUCAGUGAUAGGCUGGCCUCAGAGGAGUCACCACCUGCUGCUGCUGCGCCUGCUCCAGCGAGCACCCCGGCUUCAGCGAGCACCCUGGCCCCAGCUCCAGCCCAGGCCCUGAGCUCGACCUUAGUGGUGCCCAAGGAAAGGACAGAGUCUGAAGCACCACUCAGACCAGUCUCGCCCGUAAUCAACAAGAGCCCCUCAGAGGCAGCCGCCCCGGCAGAGGACACGGCCCGGAGGACCAAGCGCCCCGCGCCGGCCCGGCCCACCAUGCCACCCCCUCAGCUCUCUAGCACCCGCUCCUCUCCUCCAGUCCCACCCCUACCCCCUGGCAGCCCUGUGACCCCCCGGGCUCUGCCACGCCGUCUGGUAGGCAGCAGCCUCCGGGCCCCCACAGUGCCACCCCCGUUGCCCCCUGUUCCCCCUCAGCCAGCCCGACGCCAGAGCCGACGUUCGCCGGCCUCCCCCAGCCCAGCUUCCCCCGGCCCUGGUUCCUCGAGCUCACCUGUGCAGGUAGAAGCACUGCGAGUGUACACAGAGGAUGGGGGGCCCUCUGAGGCUGUAGGUGAGGUCCCCACUCCUCACGCUGUGCCCCCUCAGCCCCGGCCCAGGGGCCUUGCCUCCGAGACCGACUGAGCAUGAGGCUCCCCGCUGACCGGCCCUCAGUGUCCCCACCCUCCAGGGGCAGCCCUCGACCCGCAAAGGGGUGGGGGCCCCCAGCUUCCACCCACAAGUGCCUCGGUGCCUGUGGGGUCGGCCACCACGGCCAGGAGGGCUCCGGACAGCCCUCCAUUUCCUGACCUUCUCCUUUUCUACCCUGAGCUUGGGGUCCCCUCCUCUCCCCACCCUCCGGCAGGGUCCCAGGGAAGCCACCAGAAGGAAGGACAGGCUUGCCUGCUCCUACAAGACUUAUUUUUCUCUUGCCAACGUAUUUUUUGUAAGGCUGGUAAAUAAAUUAUUUUGGACAAAACUGGA